AUGCGCAGGCCGCUGCAGCCCCUUGAUAUCCCCAUUAUCAGGCAUCUCAACUCAAAGCGGGUAAUUCUGGCAUCUGCCUCUCCUCGGCGGAAGCAGCUUCUUCAGCAGGUCGGCUUCACUAAUCUGGAGAUUACUCCAUCAACCAAGCCUGAGGAUCUGGACAAAAAGGCAUAUGGCCCUUGGGAAUAUGUCGCCACUACCGCUCACAACAAGUGUCUGGACGUUUACACCACAAGCAUAGAGACCAGUCUUGCAUCUAUCCCCGAUCCCGCUCUGGUCAUUGCCGCUGACACCAUCAUUGUCACUCGUGAUGGACGCAUUCUGGAGAAGCCUCGGAGCGAGGCAGACCACAUUCGGAUGCUCAAGCUCCUGCGUGAUACGCGCAUGCACAGAGUUUUGACUUCAGUGACUGUGCUGGCGCCGCGAGAAGAUGCCAGGGCUCCGGGCUAUGACAUCCAAUCUCACACAGAGGAGACCAAAGUUUACUUCUGGGAAGAAGGCAAUGGACUGCCAGACGAUGUGAUUGAGGCCUACGUCAAAACCCGAGAAGGCGUUGACAAGGCUGGUGGAUACGGAAUUCAAGGCAUCGCAGGCAUGCUGUUGGUGGAGAAGAUUGAGGGAAGCGUUGAUAAUGUCAUUGGACUGCCUGUGAAGCGAACUUUGACCCUGGCGGAAAAGGUCACCUUCCAGCAAGAUCGUGACGAGUUUGACGAUGCAGGAUCAGCUUCAGAAUGA